GCACCAGAAUUUCCUGAGUUUGCGGCCAAAGUUCAGGAAGCGAUAAGUUCCUUGGGUGGCAGUGUUUUUCCCAAACUUAACUGGAGUGCUCCAAGGGAUGCCUACUGGAUAGCAAUGAACAGCUCCCUGAAGUGUAAAGCUCUCAGUGACAUCUUCCUCCUCUUCAAGAGUUCAGACUUCAUCACCCGAGACCUCACCCAGCCGUUUAUUCAUUGUACUGAUGAUUCCCCUGAUCCUUCCUUGGACUAUGAGCUCGUGCUCCGCAAAUGGUGUGAACUGAUCCCUGGGGCAGAAUUCAGAUGCUUUGUCAAGGAAAACAAGCUUUUAGGUAUAUCACAGAGGGACUACACCCAGUACUACGACCAUAUCUCCAAGCAACACGAGGAGAUCUGUAGAGCCAUACAGGAGUUUUUCAAGAAACACAUACAGUAUAAAUUCUUGGAUGAAGACUUCGUGUUUGAUGUGUACAGAGACAGCAGGGGUAAGAUUUGGCUAAUAGACUUUAACCCAUUUGGUGAAGUAACAGACUCUCUGCUCUUCACGUGGGAAGAACUGACCUCUGGGAAGAACCUGAAAGGGGACCAAGGUGAAGGGGAAGCGACUGAACAGGACUGCCCAGUUUUCCGCUGCACGACCAGCGAGGUGACCGUCCAGCCCAGCCCAUACCUGAGCUACAGACUGCCAAAGGACUUCGUGGACCUUUCCACGGGGGAGGAUGUUCACAAGCUGAUUGACUUUCUUAAGCUGAAGAGAAAUCAGCAGGAUGAUGACUGA